GAGAGAGAGAGAGAGAGACCUCAGUGCAAUCUGCACAGCUGCGCGAGGGAGAGCAAGCAGAGAGAGCGAGAAGAGAGAGAGGGGUUGCCUGGUAGCCUUAACCGGCUCAGUUCGGGGAAAUAGCACAACAGAUUGCGCUUUUAAACAGCCUACGCCGAUAUGUAUUCUUCAGUUUCUGGUGCAUUAAACGCGAAAUCAGAAACCAACACCCACUCGGUUAACGUCAAUAAUAAUCGGUAAGGAAUAUUCGCAGUGUGAGAUGGACGAGUCGUCUCUGUUGGAUUUGCUGGAGUGUUCAGUGUGUUUGGAAAGGCUGGACACUACAGCUAAAGUCCUGCCUUGCCAACACACCUUCUGUCGCCGCUGCUUGGAGAACAUAGUCAGCUCCAGAAACGAACUGAGAUGUCCCGAAUGUCGCAUCCUAGUCGGCUGUGAGGUGGACGACCUCCCCGCGAAUAUCUUGCUGGUCCGCCUGCUGGACGGGAUCAAACAGCGGCCACGGAAUGCAGGCAGUACCAGGCAGUCCCAGGUGGGGGGCGGAGAGUCAUUGGGUUGUGCAGCCGGGAUCAGCGCCUCUCCCCCAGGCAGUGGGAUCAGGGACCUGCCGGUGGCCACAAGGAGCUCCCCCGUUAAGAGUGUCCCGGCCCUGCCCUGUGGGAAGGCUCUCUACUCCUAUGAGGGGAAGGAACCCGGAGACCUGCAGUUCGCUAAAGGUGACAUCAUCAUCCUGCGACGUAAAGUUGACGACAACUGGUACCAUGGGGAGCUGAACGGUUGUCACGGUUUCCUUCCAGCUAGUUACAUCGUGUUGUUACGGCCGCUGAGCCAAACUCCACCAACAGGGAAGGCCCUGUAUGACUUUGAGGUCAAAGACAAAGACCAGGACAAAGACUGCCUGGCAUUCUCGAAGGAUGAGGUUCUGACAGUGAUCAGACGAGUGGAUGACAACUGGGCAGAGGGCAUGCUGGGAGAUAAGAUCGGGAUCUUCCCCAUCCUCUACGUAGAGCUAAAUGAAACAGCCAAACAGUUGAUGGAGAUUGACAAGCCGACACCCAAUCCCGUCCCUGGCCCCAGCUCUGACCCGCCCCCCGGCCUCCCAUUGGGUCCCUGCUCCUCUGGCCCCUCCCCUAACCCAUCCUCUCCAGGAAGCAGCAAUGGCGCCCUCCAGAGGCGAGGGGAGGAGAGGAGAGGAGGAGAGGAGAGGAGAGGAGGAGAGGGGAAGAAGAAUGCAAAGAAGCGCCACUCGUUCACAGCUCUGAGUGUGACCCAGCGGACAGCACAGCUCAACAACAGACACAGUAUGGAGAUCUCCCACCCUGUACUCAUCAGCUCCUCUGACCCCAGGGCUGCUGCACGGAUACAGGACUCUCCCUCUGGUCCCUCUCCCUCCUCAGUAGGGGUUCUGGUUCCUCCCAGAGUGGCUUCAGUCACCUCAGAACUGCUGGCUCAAGCCAAGGUCCAACUACCACUCAACAUCUACCUGGCCCUGUAUGCGUAUAAGCCCCAGAAGGCAGAUGAGUUGGAGCUGAGGAAAGGAGAGAUGUACCGCGUCACAGAGAAGUGUCAGGACGGGUGGUUUAAAGGAACCUCUCUGCGCACCGCUGCUUCAGGUGUCUUCCCUGGAAACUACGUCACACCUGUGUCCAGAGCUCCGUUUGCGGUGGGUGGUUCGCGCAACUCCUGUCUCUCAGGGCAGGUGGGAGGGGCGGGACAGGGGAGUAAGGCAGCCUCCCCCUCCUCCUCUCGUCCCUCACCUCCCCCUUCCUCCCCCCAGUCUGCCGCUGCUCAGCUGAAGAACUGCCUUCGCUCUGGACAACAAACAGUUAACCAGGCCCGCUCUGCCAUGCAACUGGUCCACAGCCCGCCCGCCAGCAGCCCAGAGCGUCCCACAGCGGCCAUCUCUCCUCUCCGACAUCAGAACUCCUCCCCCUCGCGCUGCGCUGGCCAAUCGGCUCGCCCAAUGUCCAUGGUGUCCCCUGGCCCUUCCCCCCUCUCCUCCCCUGCCUCACGCCCCCUCUCCUGCCUCUCCUCCCCUCUCCUUCCCCGUUCCUCUCCCCUCUCCUGCCUUACCCCUCCCAACGCCAGUGCUGCCCUGCUCAAUGGAGAAUCAACCAAUCCCUUCCAGCCACCCUCACCUGGCCCCUCCCACAGCAACGCCCAGGGGGCAGUCCCCCCAAAACCAGAGAAGAAAGAGAAGAAAGGAGGUCUGCUAAAGCUUCUCUCGGGAGCCGCGGCCAAGAAGAAGUCAUCGCGCUCUCCCCCGUCCUCACCCCCGACCCUCCCCCUGUCGGGUGCCGUCCUCCCACAUCACACCCGCUCUGGCUCCUGUCCAAUGGAAGCUCAGGGGCGUGCCGGGUCUUGUCCAAUUGAGAGUGAGAUGGUGGGGGCCAUGGGGUUAGAGCCUCUGCACAGGAAGUCAGGAUCCCUCGACCUCAACUUCCCCCGGUCGGCCCCGACGCCCCGCACCGGAAACGCACUGCUGGCCCUCCGGCCUGAACCCAAACCCCUGUCCAGAGAGAGGUAUCGUGUGGUGGUGCCCUACCCCCCUCAGAGCGAGGCAGAGAUCGAGCUGAGAGAGGGAGAUGUGGUGUUUGUUCAUAAGAAGAGAGAAGAUGGCUGGUACAAAGGCACUCUGCAGAGGACUGGACGCACUGGGCUCUUCCCCGGCAGCUUCGUAGAAAUCUUCUGAACAGGAUCGCUACACACACACACACACACACACACACACACACAUACACACAGAGCAUACAGUUGAAGUCGGAAGUUUACAUACA